CGCGUGCCUGAAGAUUCCGCACAAAAGAGGUGCCCAAAAUGAAGACCCUGAUGCGCCAUGGUCUGGCAGUGUGUUUAGCGCUCACCACCAUGUGCACCAGCUUGUUGCUCGUGUACAGCAGCCUUGGCGGCCAGAAGGAGCGCCCCCCGCAGCAGCCACAGCAGCCACAACAACAGGCGCCGGCAACCGGUAGCGCUCAGCCAGCGGCGGAGAGCAGCCCCGCGCCGCGCCUUGCAGCCCCCGCGGGACCGAGACCCCUGGACGGAUACCUCGGCGUGGUGGAUCACAAGCCUCUGAAAAUGCACUGCAGGGACUGCGCCCUGGUGACCAGCUCGGGACAUUUGCUACGCAGUGGGCAAGGCUUCCAGAUUGACCAGACAGAGUGUGUCAUCCGCAUGAAUGAUGCCCCCACCCGCGGCUACGGGCAUGAUGUAGGCAAUCGCACCAGCCUGAGAGUCAUCGCCCAUUCCAGCAUUCAGAGAAUCCUCCGUAAUCGCCAUGACCUGCUCAACGUGAGCCAGGGCACUGUGUUUAUCUUCUGGGGCCCCAGCAGCUACAUGCGGAGGGAUGGCAAGGGUCAGGUGUACAACAACCUACAUCUCCUGAGCCAGGUGCUGCCCCGGCUGAAGGCCUUCAUGAUAGCACGACACAAGAUGCUACAGUUCGAUGAGCUCUUCAAGCAGGAGACUGGCAAAGACAGAAAGAUCUCCAACACUUGGCUCAGCACUGGCUGGUUCACAAUGACAAUUGCCCUGGAGUUGUGUGACAGGAUCGAUGUUUAUGGCAUGGUGCCUCCAGACUUCUGCAGGGAUCCUAAUCAUCCUUCAGUACCUUAUCAUUAUUAUGAACCUGUUGGACCUGAUGAAUGUACCAUGUACCUCUCUCAUGAGCGAGGACGCAAGGGCAGUCAUCACCGCUUUAUCACAGAGAAACGAGUGUUCAAGAAUUGGGCACGAACAUUCAAUAUUCAUUUUUUUCAACCAGACUGGAAACCAGAAGCAUCAGCUCCAAAUCAUCCUCAGAAUAAAGCUGUGUUCUGAGGAAUGAGCAUGCCAGGCGGUGACCCCAGCUACAAAUCGUUUGAGACACAGGCUGCGGAACAGAAGAGAACGUAACACACAGAAAACCAGCUCUCUCCUUCAGCACCCUGGACAGAGGCCACACAGCUGGUCUGUAAGAACAAAUUCUACAAUUAAUACAUCAUAAUGAGUGUUUGUAACCUUUGAAAGGUGUCGCCUUAGAGACUGAACAUUCAUUUCAAUGAUGCUGCCAUAGCUGAAAACAUCUUGAGUCUCUUUAAAUAUUGCCUUCAAACUCAAAACAUGAGCAACUCCACAACAUUGGUUGCAUUCCUUCAUAGAAAUAAAAACUCCAAAAGACACUUUUUUAUCAAGUUACGUUCUUACUUGAACUAUAACCUUUGUCACUUGUUAGACUCUGUUUGUGUGAUUUGUACAAAGAAGCCUGAAAAUGUGGACGUGAUUUCUGAAGAGCACAUCGCCACUGACUUUCAUACAGUAAAUGUCUAGUAUUUAUUUAUUGAGAGUUUUUUAGUGUAC